GCAUUUUCAAAAAAAAGUGUACCCCCGGAUUUUGCCUUGUCCCUCGACUUUGUUGAUUUAUUUUUUUGAGAUGAAUAACUUUUAGCAGAAUAUAUUAAUUUAAGUGACAAGAAAAUAUAUUUAAAUAGAUAUAGAAAUUGUCGCUAUGUUGUUACUUUGCUAAAUAUAAAACUUACGAAGAUUUUAAAAUAUUGAAGACCAUCAAAUAUACCUGUCCCCUUACCAACUAAGAUAAGAUAUGAUUGAUUUAAAAAAAAUCCAGUCUAAUUUAGUGAUUUCUAUAUAUAAUUUAAAUUCUUAAAAGUCGAAUUUAUCAGUUAAAGGUAUCAAUGAUAUAUUUUUUUACAUAUUUUCUUUUCAAAAUAAAUAUGAAUUUAAAACGAAAAUUUUAGCUUUCCGGAAGAUUCCGUCUUGUGACCGCUCGUUUGUGCAAAAAUUCUUCUAAUAGCGAAAAGUAUUGCCACAAAAUGGCAACACAAAAUAUCAUCCUUCAUCGACAGAGGCCAUUUUGUUUUCACUAGCAAAAUAACUUGUGAUAAGUGCGGACGUAUUUUUUAAGUGCAGGUGUGUUGAUUUCUUUUCUCAGGUAUGUGACCAAGUUUUACUGUUAUAAUCACUUUUCUUUGAUUAUUGUUAUUGUGUACACAUUCAAAACUUUGUAUAGUAUUUGAUACCAAGAAUUUAUUUGUGCUAAGUAAGAUGGCUAAUUUUUAAACAAUUUAAAACUACAAGAAGGUAGCAUUAUGUGACCUCCGUUGUGUGACUUUUUCUACGGUCACAUUUAACGGAACGAUAAGUCACUAUAGGUCGGAAUGCAUAAAGCUUAGUUCAUAAUGUAAAUGUUUACUCUCCGAAUUAACACAUAAGUACUAAAGUUAUAAAUUAUGUAGCUUUUUUCUUAUUUACUUUCAGUUUCAAAUUACACAUUUCAAAAAAACUUCAAUCUGUAAAAUUGAAGUUUACUGACGACUUUCAAACGUUAGAUAAGUUUUGUGAAUUUAAAAUAACUAUUGUUUUCCAUGUACCUGGGUAGUGUUUUUAAUACUUACCCAUGAGAUCCGCGUAGAACUAAGUAGGUAGAUAUUCAUACGAGUAGGUACCUACUAGACAACUAUUUUAUUUUUACACUUGCUCAUAAAAUGAACUUAUUUAAUCUUUAAUCAAGUUUUACUUAAAAAAACAAAUGUUGUAAGCUAUUGCUAUUAUACUGUAUUUAAUGAGCUUUUGUUUAUUUAAACAUCGCUCUCUGGUGUCAGAAACUUCUUUGAUAAAAUGUUUACUAUUCAAAUUAUUAUCAUUAAAUGAACGUCUUAUUUCAUGUCAUUGUAGGCAUAAAGGGGUAUUCUUCAUUCGGUGCCGAAACAGGAAUAGCUUGGUGCCGAAAAUCUUUGGUGCCGAAUAAGGAAUACCCCGGUAUAAAAGUCGUAACAAUUCCUUACUUCCAAGCAAAAAAGAGUUUUUGUACUUUAAUGGUUUAAAGCUAUCAGAUGCAUUUCGACAUUAAUCAGCCUACAACAAUAAUUUUGAAGCAAAUCUUAAUGCCUAGGUAAAGAUGCGAAACGAAAAUGACUGACAGAACCUGUAGUAUUAUUUAACACUUUUAGGUAUUACAAUGCCGCUUACUGGCGCGGAGAAAACGAGGAGAUACAGGGAAAAAUUAAAAAAUGAACGCCCGGAUGAAUAUGCCGCCCAAUGUAAAAAAACUUAGAUCGACUAAAGUCGAAAAAAAAGAAAAUCACGGAUAUGACACCAGAAGAAGCCGCAGAACAGAGAAAAAAAUGGCGGGAAGAAAAAAGGAAAAGUAGUGCUAAAAAAAAACAAAGGAAAAAUAUUACAGAAGUUACAAGAGAGCCAGAAAAUCCCAUUUCAAGAUCAGAUUUGAGCAUUUUAAACGGCUUCCGGCGAAAAUGUCGAUUUUUAGUAAAAAAGUGUCGAUACCUCCAACAAAAUGCAGAUAAACUUAAAACUGAAAAAGAAAAAUACAAGAAACGUCUACAUCGACUUAAAAUUAAAAACACAAAGGAAGUUAAUAGUUUGAAUCUGAUUAUUAGUAAAAUGCGUGCUAGGGAAGAAGUGUUAGAAUCUACUUUGAAAAAAACAUAUCAAAGUACUAAAUCUCACAAUGAUAAAAAAAUAUUUAAAAAAAUAGUGAACAAUUCUACUAACAAAACGUUGGUAACUAAAAUUCUGGGAUUAAUUGGCAAAACAAGAGGGAAAAAAAAGAAAAUAAGACUGAUAAAUAUCGAUGAAAUAACCAAAUUCUAUCUACGAGAUGAUGUUAGUCGAAUCACAUCGGGACGAAAGGAAACAAGAACACAGCAUAAAAAGAAAAAGCAGAUUAGGUAUCUGAUGGAUACGCUGGUCGAAACUUACAAGAAAUAUAAAGAUGGAGGUGGGAGAUAUGGUUUUACAACUUUCUUCAAACACAAACCAUUUUAUGUAUUAUCGCCUCGCCUUAAUGCAAGAGACACUUGUCUUUGCAUUAAACACAGUAAUCUCGAAUUCCAACAUGCUGCCUUAAGACGAUGUGGAGCGCUGAAGAUAGGAAUGAGAGAAGCCUUAAGUAACGUAGCUUGUGACACUAAAAAAUAUACUUGUAUGUAUGGUAAAUGCGAAUUAUGCAAAGAUAAAAAACUGGAUUUCGAGAGCUCUGAAAACAGUAAAACAGACGAUUCCAAUGUAUCCUGGCUUCACUGGGAACGCCAAGAUCACACCUAUUCAAAAAAAGAAGGAACUGAAACCAAAGAAGUUAAAACCAAAAGGACUAAAAAGAUCACUAAAUCAGGGACAUUACAAGAUCUGAAAAAUAUAUUUAAUGAAGAACUGCAUAAUUUCAAAAAACAUCACUAUAAUAUGCAACAACAGCAAAGCCAAUAUCAGAAAGCCAUCUCACAAUUAAAGGACAACGAAGUAGUUUUGGUCUGCGAUUUCUCCGAAAGUUACGAAGCUAAAUUGGCCAGUGAAAUACAAGCGAUGCACUUCGGAGCGUCAAAAAAUCAGAUAACAUUGCAUACUGGCAUGGUAUAUUGGCGUGACAAAUCACAAUCAUUUUGUACAAUUGCUGAAAGUAAUAAUCAUCAACCACCAGCUAUCUGGGCUCAUUUGACUCCAAUUAUCCGACUAAUUCAAGAAGAAACUCCAAAUGUGGAUGUCAUACAUUUUUUUAGUGAUGGUCCGUCUUCCCAAUACAGACAAAAAAAUAACUUUUUCUUGUUUGCCCACUUUGCAAAAGAACUGCAACUCAGUUUUGCUACAUGGUCUUUUUUUGAAUCAGGGCAUGGUAAAAGUGUGGCUGACGGUAUUGGGGGCAGUGUAAAGCGCGUUUUGGACAGAAAAGUUUGCCAUGGAUUUGACAUAACUGAUGCCAAGGAUGCUUAUGAUAUAUUGAAACAAUGCCUAAAGGUCACAAAAGUUUUUCUAGUUCCAGACAGUGCCAUUACCGACAUGACUCAUAUUUUACCCAAAAAUAUACAACCCUUAAAAGGAACCCUGCAGGUACAUCAGAUUAUGACCCAAGAUGAAAAUAUUAUACAAUUCAGAGACGUCAGUUGCUUUUGUGAACCUUUUCGAGGAUGCUGCACCUGCUUUCAGCCGCAAAUUCACUCAGUAGUUUCCACAACUAACAGAGGUGGUGAAAGAAUCCACCGAGAGCAAUCUGUGCCAAAACCACCUAAACCAUUACAACCCGGACGCCCAGUGUUAGUUGAUAUUUCAUUGGAACAGAAUCAGAUUCAAAUUGAACACAAAGAAACCAUAAAAUCAUUAGAAGGCAGCUCGCUGGCCGCUGCUUUGCCAGAAUUAGCAGGGACAUUUGAUAUUUCAGACAUGGAAUAUCUAACAAAUCUUGAUAUAAAUAUUGACAAUUCCGAAGAACCUGUAGAGCUUAUGGAUAUUAACGUAAUACCAAUUAUUAUUGCACCGAAACCCAAAAGCACAGACGGACAAAACCCUGAAAAAGAAAAUAAAAGCACAAAAAGGUGGUCGACUUACAAUUUAUUAUGCCAGAAAUGUAAAACUUCGAUUGUAGGUCGAAAAGCAAAAUGUAUGUCAUGUAAGAGACUGUACUGUGAAGAAUGCACCGAUGGUCCUACAGAAUGGGAUUAUCUUUGUGACACAUGCUUGGAAGGAGAUUAAAAUUCUGAUUUUCCAGGAUAAUUUUCGACAUGGUAAUAUACGCAGACAUAGAUAAGGUGCUGAAUUCCGAUGAUUUUAUGGAUUUCUACAUUUAUGACCUGAAAUGGCCUUGGACUGAGACACAUUUUGUUAUCAAUGAAUAUUGCUAUGGAUGCGGUCAA